CGGGAGGAUGGGGUCAGCCUCCGCGGGAGCCACUCGCUCGUGCCAAACCAGGUCCCGGUCCCCCAGCUGCCCGUCCAGUCUGCCACGUCCCCGGAUUUGAACCCGCCCCAGGACCCGUACAGGGGCAUGCCAACCGGACUGCAAGGGCAGAGCGUCUCUUCGGGUAGCUCCGAAAUCAAAUCUGACGACGAGGGAGAUGAAAACCUCCAGGACACAAAGUCUUCUGAGGACAAGAAACUAGAGGAUGACAAGAAGGAUAUCAAAUCAAUUACUAGCAAUAACGAUGACGAAGACCUGACACCGGAGCAGAAGGCCGAGAGGGAAAAGGAAAGGAGAAUGGCCAACAACGCUCGGGAGCGCCUGCGCGUCCGCGACAUCAACGAGGCUUUCAAGGAGUUGGGCCGGAUGGUGCAGCUCCAUCUGAAGAGCGACAAGCCCCAGACCAAGCUCCUGAUCUUACACCAGGCUGUGGCCGUCAUCCUCAGCUUAGAGCAGCAAGUCAGAGAAAGAAAUCUGAAUCCUAAAGCAGCGUGUCUGAAAAGAAGGGAAGAAGAGAAAGUCUCUUCAGAUCCUCCUCCGCUUUCCCUGGCGGGACCCCACCCUGGGAUGGGAGAUGCCUCCAAUCACAUGGGACAGAUGUAA